UGUAACAAUGACUCAGGUUUACGCAGAAACUGCGUGAGCCACUCUUAAAACGCUUGCAUUUGAGUGCGCUUUCUUUGCGGCGCAGAAUGCAAGAUUUCAACUCCUCUGUUGUGAAAGGAGCUUUUGUGACUCAUUCACUCUCCACCGGAGCUGCGGGAAGCACUCUCCCCUUCUCCUCGAACGCCUCCUCGCAGCAUGUGCGGAACAAGUUUGGCGUGUGAUGAGCGGCUCCGCGUUCCGGAGAGAAGACCCUAGAGGAUUUCAAGCGGGCACCCCAGAGGGACAAAGGAUUUGUUGGCUCUACUUGAGUGAGUCAGUCGGAGGUUUGUUCCGAGCGCAGGAGUGUUCGGGCCGCUCCGCUACGAGCGCGCACGCCCCCCCAGACAGUCUUCCCGAAAAUGUCUUGGUCGUGGGCUGUCUACAUUGGCAUGGAGGUGCUCAUCGCCGUCUCGUCGGUCAUCGGCAACGUGAUGGUGGUGUGGGCCGUGCGCAUUAACCGCUCGCUCCGGGACACCACGUUUUGUUUCAUCGUCUCGCUGGCCUUGGCUGACAUUGCGGUCGGGGCUCUCGUCAUCCCCCUCGCCAUCACCAUAAGCAUCGGACUCGAGACUCACUUCUACAGCUGUCUGGCGGUCGCUUGCACCGUGCUGGUCCUCACUCAAAGUUCCAUCCUGGCCCUCUUGGCCAUCGCCAUCGACCGUUAUCUGAGGGUCAAAAUACCCAUGAGCUACAAACGAGUGGUGACCCCUCAGCGAGCCGGGUCGGCCGUGUUGUUGUGCUGGCUGGUGUCCAUCCUGGUGGGCCUCACGCCUAUGUUUGGAUGGAAUAACUUACAACAUCUCAGUGACAACGGUUCCCUCGUCAGCACCGACCCGGUGGUGAAGUGCCAGUUUGAGACGGUCAUCAGCAUGGAUUACAUGGUCUACUUCAAUUUCUUCGGCUGGGUGCUGCCCCCCCUGGUCCUUAUGCUCGUCAUCUACGUGGAGAUUUUCUACAUGAUUCAUAAGCAGCUUAAUAAGAAGGUGACGGUGAGCCACGCAGACCCCAGUCAUUACUUCGGCAAGGAGCUGAAGCUUGCCAAGUCCUUGGCUCUUGUUCUUUUGCUCUUCGCCGUUAGCUGGCUCCCCCUUCACAUCCACAACUGCAUCACACUCUUCUGCCCCAAAUGCGACAAACCAUCGAGCGUGAUUUUCAUCGCCAUCCUCCUGACCCACGGCAAUUCUGCCGUCAAUCCCAUCGUGUACGCUUUCCGCAUUAAGAAAUUCCGCUCGGCCUUUUGGAGAAUUUGGAAUCAGUACGUUCUUUGUCGGGAUCAUGUUGGUCAGCUUCCUCAAAGAGGUAGUCAGAGGAUACAGAAUACCGCGAGGAGGCUGAGGCACAACGAUGACGAUGAUGACGACGAUGAUGUGUGAACCGUAACGUGGGUUGAUCAAGGAUUACGAAAAGGACCUUUCUUAAAGGAUGUCAGACGGAUGAAAGCUAGGCUCAUAUGAGGAUAAACAUUCAAUAGAUCUGACAGACUCAGAUGGGAAUGGUUUUGUUUAUGUCUCAUGCAAGCGCUACAAUUAGGCGAUGAUGUCAUAUGGGAUAAGGGUCUUACCAUCAAUGUGAAUAACUCUGCAAAGAUGUUGUACCGCAUUUUAAACUCGUCUUUGUGACAGUUUUUUUUUUUUUUUCCAACAAUUGACGGGUCGAGCCAUAAUUGUGUGCUUGAGCGGCAGGAACAUAGCACUAAUUUAGCAAAAUUCGAACAGACGAGCAGAUGCUUGAGGGACAAUGAUGGAGGAAGGAUGUAUAAAUGAAUCCUCAAUGAUGCACUUUGGGCAAGCUGUGUUCAGGUUGAAUGAGCCAUCAGUCACGUAUGUGUGUCACAUGCUUUUAUAAGUGUGCAGGUUGCAAGCGUGACCACAUGGGAAACGGAUUUGUUUAUCUGCGACUUAAAAUAGCAUCCUUAUCGGCCAAGCCUGAAAGUUCCAUGCCUCUCUUAAGCAUACUACAAUUGUGUAUCGAUUAUUGUGAGGAAUACUACAUCACCCUGAAAGAACUUCGAUUAGAGGAGACCUCUUUGAUUAUGCACUUAUCUCUUGUAACUAAACAGAUUUGACUCACCUCAACAAUUGCAAAUUUGUAAAAGUAUACUCAGCCUAAAAUGAUUCCAUUCCUGGCUUAAUUAGGAUUUAAAAUCAACAUGUGUUUUUUAUGAAUGGGUAUCCUCUGGCUAUAGAUGACAAGAUAUUGACAAAAAACUGUGUGAUAUAUUUUGAAAAUAAUGUACAUGCCUGACAAUUAGUGAGGAAAUACAAACUUUUGGACCAUAUUUAUAACAUCUAUAAUCAGCAUUGAGUGCAUAAUUGAGUAUGAAUCUGAAUCAUUUCGUAAUGGAGAAUUCAAAAAGUAAUAUGUUCCCUCAAAUCAACAUUUGGCUCAUUUUCUAGUUUAACUGUGUAUUAUUGUAUUUGAAUGUUACUAUUUAUUUGUGGAAACAAUGGGACAUAUUUAUAUCACUAUCAGCUAAUAAUAAUCACAACAAUAAUGCCUUUGUACAAACACUUUAGCCUUAUAAUAUCGUAGUAACAGAAGAACCAACAUACGUAUCAGAGUUCAAAAGGAAAAUCUACAUUUUUCCUUUGUAUGCGUUUCCUGUGUGUUUAGACGGAAUAAAAACAAUGACAACUAAACUCAUUCACUUUCUGUCUGACAAAGUUGUCAAUAUAAUAUAUAUAUAUAUUUUUUCACCGACAGACAACAGCUUGAUUAAAUAAAAUUGUGGGCGAGUGGAUGAUGGCUGGAUCCACUGCAUUGUGCUUCCCUCUGCUGGCUGCAUUUAGAGUUAAACUAAGCCGUGUACCUAUAUAUAGGAAAUGUAAUGUUUUAAAUGUUGUAGAUUUUGUUCUUUUGCUUAAUUCUGUGAUUUUUUUUUUAAAGAACGCACCGACAUGUACAAUACCUCACUGUUCUAAAGUGAAAUAGCCUCUGUCAAGCUAUUUAAUACAGCACACAACACACUAUGAACGGUAGACAAUGAAUAUUUAUUUGAGUCUAAAUGUACAACAGUGAUCAAGUUUGCAAAACGCAUUGUCGACAUGUUUGUAAUUGUUUACCUAAGACAUAAAGGGUGCCACUGCGCGCAAACCUAAACAAAUGCAACUCCUUAAAUGAAUGUAAACAGUCUCAUGCACAACUGCCCCUGUUAUGCACUGCCAGAGCACUUCAGGGAUUUGGAAAAAUAAAGCAGGUAAAAGUGUUUUAAUGCAAAUUAAAUUCAAUUUAAUGCACAGCAAAUGAUUGAUCUUACUCAAGUCAAAUUGUUAACUUGAAAUGUCACUAUUGUCUUGCAAUCAGUAUGAAAUUGUUUGUGCGUGUGUGUGUGUGUGUAUGCGUGAAUGACAGAUAUUUACAGGAAUGUUACCAGUAGGAUGUAAUCCGCAUGCUACAGUAAAAGCUAAUUUUGCUACCCACAAUAGGUAAUGACGUCAUAAAAACUAUUCCCUGUGUGGUAAGUAUUACAAAGCAUGUUGUAAAAAUCAUUUUUUGUUCUACAAAACACAAAUUGACAAAUUUCAAGUAUUUAUAGUCACAGCUUUUAAAAUAGUCAUUUGGCAGGAGGCUUUGUAGCAAAAGUGUAUUAUCAACAGAAUUUGAACAAGAACCUAAUUUUAGAGGGACAUUAAGGCAAACAACCUGCUUUAUCAAUUAAACACCAUAACAAAGAAUUGUAGGUUAAGAACGGACUUAACUAUAAACAGACGGCAGGAUCAUCUGCAUCUAACAUUUUGAUUUCUUACU